CCCUCCAUCUCCAUACAAUACAAGAUCUUCCUUCCUCAGUUCCCUUAAAUCACAGCCUAGGGAAACCUCCUCGGAGCCGGCACCCAGCCACGCGCCAGCAUGUCUGGGGGCAAAUACGUAGACUCGGAGGGACAUCUCUACACGGUUCCCAUCCGGGAACAGGGCAACAUCUACAAGCCCAACAACAAGGCCAUGGCCGACGAGGUGAACGAGAAGCAAGUGUACGACGCGCACACCAAGGAGAUCGACCUGGUCAACCGCGACCCCAAGCACCUCAACGACGACGUGGUCAAGAUUGACUUUGAAGAUGUGAUUGCGGAGCCGGAAGGGACACACAGUUUCGAUGGCAUCUGGAAGGCCAGCUUCACCACCUUCACUGUGACAAAAUACUGGUUUUACCGCUUGCUGUCCACACUCUUUGGCAUCCCAAUGGCGCUCAUUUGGGGCAUUUACUUUGCCAUCCUCUCUUUCCUGCACAUCUGGGCAGUUGUUCCAUGUAUCAAGAGCUUCCUGAUUGAAAUUCAGUGCAUCAGCCGUGUCUAUUCCAUCUACGUGCACACCUUCUGCGACCCACUCUUUGAAGCUAUUGGCAAGAUAUUCAGUAAUAUCCGCAUCAGCACACAGAAAGAAAUAUAAAUGACAUUUUGAGGAUGGAAGUAUUUCCCAUUCAUUUGCCUUACAGUUUUCUUGGUGCCAACUUCAAGUUGCUAGUAAGCAGCAACUCAUGAAUGGUUUGUCUUGGUUCAGAACAAAGAAAUCAUUUUCUUAGUUUUUAUAACUACUAUUUGCCUCUUUUGAGCUAUUGCAUCAAUUUUUGGCAUUAUGAAUUUUUAAACCCAUUCCAAUUUUUUCUUUACUUGUGAUUCACAUGUGGGUCACUGUCUUAUUGGCUGAAAUAAGAAUAUAUUGUUGAAAGGUAAUUGGAGGAGAAAAUGAAGAAUUUAGGGAGGAAAUAAAGAGCUAAAACCCUCAACUACUUACUUUAAAAUGUCAUCGUGUUAUAGGAAGGGAAGAGCUCCAGGCUAGGGCUGUGAGUACAGAGGUGUGUGGGUAGUCAUAAACAAACAUUUUCCUUGCCAUUUGAGGAGUGUGUGCUGCAGCCAUUCCCUUUAUAAGUCCUGUGUUAGAAGUCAUGAUAUGUAUUUUCCUGACCUCACUAAGGCUUUACUCUUCUUGACAUUUUAACCUUGCUGUGCCUAAAUAUUUUGUUGUACUGAGACCUAAGUUCCUUCCAGUUUUUCACAUUUUUCUUUUCAAGUAGUGUCUAACUCAUCUACUUUCAUCAGGUUAACAGCCUCCCCUGCAGACCAACAUUAGAAAACCCACUGCCUGGCUCUCUCCACUUGUUUCUGGCUGAGACACAGAAUCUGGUGAAACUCGAGUCGUGCGGGGUCAUGUAGUAUCUUCAUCAUCAGCGUGAACCCAGUGAAAUAAACCAAAGGUGACCAAGGGGGCUAAGCCCUCUCUGGGCGGACAGGAGAGGAAGCCAAUAGUCCCUGCCUCUCAAUGGCUGAUUGAGAUCAGCAUGUCUAUUCAUCUGUGCUUGUUUCCAUGAAUAACAGCUAACCUGAAUAACACCUGAAUCCAAACUAACCCAUCCCUGGUGUGGGUUAGUGGCUCAAUCUUAUGUUCUUUUUUGGACCACUCAGUGGGCCUCCAGGGAAAAGCUGUUAUAUAGGAGGCCAUUGUGUGAGACUGUCAGAGUUGUUGCAAGCAACGCCCCUUCUAGAGCUCUUGCAAUGGUCUGUUACACUUAGCCCCUCCCUCUGCCAGGCAAGCAUCAUUUUGCUCAGAGAGGAGAUGGGGGAGGAGGCAGUAAUAAAAGCUUAAAGUAAUUUUGCUGGAAUAAGUUCAAGUUCUUCUGAACUCAAACUGAGGAAUUUCACCUGUAAACCUGAGUCAUACAGAAAGCUACCUGGUACAUCCAAAAGCUUUUCUAUCCCUCCUGCUUAUAUUGUGAAUCUGCCCUUGGGAAUAUUUUUUCACCUCCCUGUUAGACUUUUAUUUUUAUUUUCAUACAUUGAUUGGAAUUCUGCUUGAGUUUUUGCCUCCUCCAGUUUUUCUGACACUUGGCCUGAUUGUCUGCUUUUAAAACAAGACACUGAUGUUUAACUUUUAAGCCAUGUACAUAAAUGAAAAUGUACUAUACUGCAUACAUUUAAGUGUAAAGAUAUCUCUAUCUUUAUAUAAAGAAAAUCACUUGGGAAAUGGCUUUCUUAUUCAAUCUAUCAAUUUUGUAUCCCAAGUUAUGUCUGUUCAACCUAGCAGCUUAUUAUCUGUGCAAAUCGAUUUCUGGUCCAAAAGAUUACUGAAAUUUUAUAUUCUCUACUGAUAUAUUUUACACAUUUUUAUUCUGCAUGUCUUAUAAAGAUUACAAAUCUGCACAAUAAAAAUUUUAACAGUUAA